UGAAGACACAUUUGUUUACAUACAGCAGCAAGUAUUGUUAACAAGAUAUUGAUAUUUUCGUUGGACAAGAUUAAAAUAUGGGAAAGGUUCGCAUCAUUGAGGUGAAAGAGGCAGAUGAGGAAAAUGUUAUUUCCUUUAAGGAUAUCGGCACCCAGCUGCUCUCUGCCUCUGCUCCAUUGGUGUGGAGUGGCAUGGAGGAAAAGAUGGCCCAGGUUUUCAUGCCCCGAAGCCUGCCGACCACCCUCGGCAAGCUGCCAUCGUCCCGCCUAGCCUCUGCUCCAUCCAGCCCCUCCUCUAACAAGUCCACCACCCCAACCAUGGCCGACGUCCCUCCAUCUCUGUCCUCUGCUGCAUCCAGCAGUCCCACCCCCAUAUUCUCCCCCGACUCCUCUCUGGAUGACGAUGACGUCCCUCCAUCCAUCCUCCAGCCAUCCCCAUCCGGACUUCCAUCCCAGUCCUCCUCUCCUCCUCCACCACCCAGCCUUCCUGCUUCCACCCUCAGCCUUCCUGCCUGCCUGCCCAGGCUGCCUUCCAUCCUUCCCUCCACCUCCACCACCACCACCCCACCCAGGCUGCCCCCAUCCCUGCCACCUGUGCCUGUGCCCUGCAAAGCCCGCCGCACCUUCUCCAGAUUGUCCCUCUUGGACACCCCCUCAUCUCUCCCCCCAUCCCACCUCGAGGCCACGCCGUCCAAUCUCCCCCCACUGGACCUCUCGGUCCUCCUGAAGGCACUGGGGGCCAGUAGCACCAGGGUCGCCCCUCUGCCUCCCAUCCAGGUCAGGCCACGUGAGGAGAGGGAGGACAUGGAGAGCGGUAUGGAGUCAACUGAGGAGUCAGAUGAUGAAAUGGCCACAGUUGUGGUGUGGUCAUGUGACCAGGACGUGGCGGAGGAGAGGUCAUGUGACCUGGAAGUGGUGGAGGAGGAACUGCAGGAGAAGAAGAAUAAGAUAAAGAACAGCAGCUUUAAGAGCAGGAUUAUCAACUUCUUCCGAAGGCUCAAUUGUUGCCACUGCUGCUGCGAAGCUGAUUAAACAACAACCAACGACCAAGAACACCCAGGACACUUUCCUCCCCCUCCCCCUCCCCC